AUGAAGAUUUCCGUUGCCGUCGCCUCUCUCCUGGCCGCCAGUGCCUCCGCUUUCGACAAGUACCAGCCCUGGGGAAAGCGUGACUACUCCUGCGUCAACAUCUACCAGGGCAUCCCCGACAACUCGACCGUGGCUCCCGGCGACAAGAUUGACCUCCGCUUCAACCGUGCCCCGACAACUCACUGCGCUGACCCCCUGAACAAGUACGAGGCGGGCAGCUACAGCGUCUGGCUGUACAACAACCCCGUGCGCCACCUCGACACUAUCCACUUCGACGAGGAGCUCCGGCUGAAGACCGGCAUCCGUGAGUCGGACGGCGCCGUCACCAUCACCAUCCCCAAGAACGUCACUGCCGUCAAGGACGACUCCGUCUGGUACCUGCGGUUGGAUACUACCUUGACCAAUGCCCCUCAGAUGCCGAGUCUCUACGACGCUCUCGGUCCCUUCUCCAUCAAGGCCUGA